CUUAUCACUCCUCCACCAACACCCUCUUCACCGCAAAUAUGGGUCUCGCAGGUCCCAAAAAGUAUGUCGCGUUCCCCUUGAAUAUCGGUUUAUAGUUAAACUAAUAUAAUUCAAGACGCAUAAAGCUCUCCCACGACCCAAACAACACAACAUGGACGAACGACACCCAAUCCUUCGGUCACAAAAUCAUGACCUCGCAAGGUUGGACACCAGGCCAAUACUUAGGAGCCCAAGAUGCCGCACACGCUGAAUUUCAUACCGCCGCGAAUGCAUCGCAUAUCCGAGUCACCCUCAAAGACGACAAUCUUGGUCUGGGGGCGAAGAUAGGAAGUGGUGUAGGUCAUGGUGAAUGCACCGGUCUUGACGUUUUCAAAAAUAUCCUUGGACGCCUGAACGGAAAAGAUGAGUCGGAGAUUGAGAAGGAACAGAAGAGUAGGGAUGAUUUGAAGAGGGCGGUGUAUACGGAGAGGAAAUGGGGGAGUAUUAGAUUUGUGAAGGGGGGUUUCUUAGUGGGUGAUAAGAUUCAAUUGUUGAUUGAUGAGGAGGCCGAGAGGGUUAAGAAGCUGGACGACGGCAGUGCGUCUAGUGAUUCUGAUUCUACUUCUGAAGGAGAGGAACAGGAGCCUAUGAAGGUUGAGGAGGCGAAAAAGUCCAAAAAGCGAAAGGCUGAGGCUUUGGUGGAGAACGCCCCGGAAGUUGUGGCCGUUAAGGUUAAGAAGUCGAAGAAGAAGAGUAAACCCGAAUCUCGACCGGAACAAGAAGUGGUAGCCGCUCUGAGCGACAUCAAAAUAUCCAAGAGAUCCAAAAAAGAGCGAAAACUGAAAGAAGCAGUCGAAGAAUCCAAUGACUCUUCAGACGAAUCCGAAAGCAAGAGACGAAAAAGGGAAAAGAAGGAGAGGAAACAAGAAAGGGAGGCCAAGAGAGAACGAAAAGAGAAGAAGAGAGCCAAAUUGCAGGCUGAAGAUGGAUCAACAAAAUCCAAAUCCAAGAAAUCAAAACGAGCGAAGAGUAAAGGUGACGACUCUUCUGAUUCUUCCGAAACCAGCACGAAAGAAAGUACGCCUUCUGUACCCGUCUCCGCGCCAUCUAGCGGUCGGUCAAUGCCUAUGAUGCAAGGUAGACAUGCUGUUCGUGCGAGGAACAUAGCACAGAAACGAUUGGCUAGUAUGGAUGUAGCAUCUUUGAACCAGGUAUGUCGACCAUAACAUUCUUUUUCCGUUUCCAGCCGCUAAUUGCAAUCGCAGGUUUUCAUGAUCAAGUCGUAGCGUUGGAAAUAGA